AUGUCACUCGCCACCCUCGAUGUGCGGCAACACCCCAACCUUCGGUCGUCGUCCGAAACCCUCUUCGAGGCCAAGGCAAAGAAGAAGGUGACCUUUGAGGCCAUCGCGAAAGAGCUGGGUCGUGAUGAGGUCGCAGUGGCGGCGUUGUUCUACGGACAGGCCAAGGCCUCUCCAGAAGAUGUAAAGAAGCUGUCAGAAUACUUGGAGCUUGACCAUGCGACCCUGGAGGCGCAAAUGACUGGCUUCCCCGACCGAGGGAAGAGCGUUGAGAUGCCCCCACGAGAGCCUCUGAUCUAUCGUCUGUACGAGAUUGUGCAAAACUAUGGCUAUGCAUACAAAGCCGUGCUGAACGAGAAGUUUGGCGAUGGUAUCAUGAGUGCCAUCUCGUUCUCGACCCAUGUUGAAAAGGAGGUUGAUAAGGACGGUAACACAUGGGUCAACAUCCACCUCCGAGGCAAGUGGCUGCCCUUUACUCGCUUCUAG